ACGACUUGAUUGCUUCACUUCACUCUGCUGCUGUGUGCGCACUGAAGAGCAUGCUCUUGUCGGCCAUGGGACACGCCUCUUCCCUCUCAUCCUGAUCCUCACUUUCCCGCUCGCUUUCUCUCUGUCUCUCUCUCUCCGUCCCCCUCCCCCACUACGCACGGCACCCAACACCCGCGCCCGCGUCCUCCUUGCCAUCCUCGCUCCCUCGUCACUCAAUCUCCCGCCCCACGACGACGACUCGCCCGCCCCAACGUCUUCCUCCCUCCCGCGAGCUCUGCAAAACCUGUCAUGGUGAUUAACGAUUCUGGUGUCAGAGUCUCCCGCUCCUCCAUCAAUAUGUCCAAUCCCGCCACGUCCAACGCAGCCGUCGGCAGCGCGCCCUCCACCGCCGACGACUCUGCGUCCACCAUCACCAUAAACACGAAGGCUCUCGCCAAUUUUGCUCCCCCCAAGACGGACAAGCCUCGACCGCACGUCUGUGGCACCUGCCAGCGUUCCUUUGCCCGAUUGGAACAUCUCAAGCGCCACGAGCGCUCCCACACCAAGGAGAAACCCUUUGAGUGCCCCAAGUGCGCACGAUGCUUCGCCCGCCGCGACCUGCUGCUUCGUCACCAGCAGAAGCUGCACCAGACCUCGACACCGUCCUCCCGUCCCCGCAACCGCCGCGAGUCGACAACCGGCGUCGCUCCUGGCGGAAGCCGUGCUCGCAAGAACAGCGUCGCUGGCCCCCCAGCCGCCAACAAUGCUGCGGCCAACUCUGUGCGGCCCCGUGCCAACACCAUCAGCCACGUUGACGGCACCGCGAUGCAAAUGAUGGCCAAUGCCUCCGUUGCACGGGGCAUGCCGCCGACCCAUAGCCAUAGCCGGCACCCAAGUCUCGCCGGCUUGCCCAUUCACAACUUCGACCACAUUUUUGGUGGCAUGUCGGCCGCCAUGGGCCAGCGAGGGGUUCAGCCGGGCCUGCCCAAGCUGGAGACGGGCACCCUCGGCAACAUGGACUUCACCAGCGGUCUUCGGACCGCGCCGCCGAUGGCUGCUUUUAACACGGAAUUCGAUUUUGAGGGUCUUCUCUUUGGGCCGGGCUCUACCAUCAACCCCAACGCCCUUCAUUACAAUGAUUCGCCACAGUCGAUGGCCUUGGAACAGACCCCGCCGUUUGCGCAAUCCCUUAAUGAGAUGCCCUCGAGCCAAACCCUCGACGAUAAUUUUGACUGGUUGACUCGAUUCGAGCAUCAGAUGUCUUUUAACACGAACGAAAACGUUGUUGACGGGUCGAGCACGUCCGCGAUCAGUACGACGAGCCAGAGUGGGAUUAGUGAUGUUAUGUUGGAUGGGUCAAAUCACCCCGCGCCGGCCGGGACGAGUUCCAUGUGGCAACCGUCCGUGAUGGGCCCUCCACAGCGUUGCAUCCCUCUUGCUAACCGCUACCAGGACGGCUCUCCGCAGCACCAUGCCCGACAAUGACAUUCGCCUACUUGCCCUCGACGGCGGCGGAGUUCGCGGCCUGUCCUCGCUGAUGAUUCUACAGAAUCUCAUGUCUACCAUCGACCCCGACUCCCCGCCCAAGCCAUGCGAUUACUUCGAC